GCCAUAUUUAAAUAAAAUGGUGGAUGUUUUUAUUUCACUACACAUGUUAUUAGUGUCAAUCUAAUCACAUUAUAUUAAAUGUUCAUCAGCGAAAAUUAUACACACGAUGUCGGACAAUCGAAAAGUUUUAGUAGCUAAGCGUAAAAACCAAAGAAACCAUUAUCCGAAUCCUGUACAAAAUUCCAAAUGUGGAGAAGAAUUCCAAAGUUCUCGACGUGGUACAAAACGACCGGGCUUGUGUAAUGACGCAUCUAAAAGAAAUUUAGCGAAUGACAGGCUGAAGAGACUGCGUACGUCCUUGAAUGAAGAAGUGCAAAAAUCUUCCCAUGAACGAUAUAAACCUAGUUCUUGUGCCUCUGCUUCAAGUACUGCAUUAUAUAAAGCUAAUGUAAUGCGAAAGCGACCAAUCAAUGAGCCGUCUGCGCAAGCUGUGUCUAUAAAAUUGCCUAAACAACAAGAAACUGGACAAUCUCGAGUAAAUGCAUCAUAUUCAAAUGCGUUUGUUUUCAAGGAGGAGUAUUUAACCCAGAAGAAAGUUUUUAAUGCAGCUGUAUUCGAUCGUAAAGAAACCUUUGCAACUGCAGUUACCACUCAAUGUAAUGAAGAUAUGGAGUGGUCUACGACUGAUGACUUGACUAGUACAACAAAUGACGUAAAUAGUACUUCUCAAAGUAGAAAAAUUAAAAACAAAUUUUUCAUUGUCGUCGACACCAACAUAUUUUUAUCACAUUUACAACUCAUUAAAAACAUUGUAACUAUGAGUGUUAAAGGUGAGGUGAGACCUGUCAUAUUUAUUCCAUGGAUAGUUAUUGAAGAGUUGGAUUUUAUAAAAGAAGACACCAGAAAAACCAACCUCAAGUUAAAAGCUCAGGAAGCUAUUAAAUACGUAGAAAAAACCAUGGCCAGCAAAGAUGAUAGAAUGCAGGGUCAAACGCUGAGUGAAGUAAAUGAACAAAAAAGCGUUGGAAAAAGUCAAGAUAACAAAAUCAUUGCAUGUUGCUUGCAGGUGUCAGAAAAAUACGAAAAUAUGAUUUUGCUUACUGCUGAUGUGAAUUUAAAGAACAAAGCUCACUUUAAUAGUAUUCCAGUAUGUUCCCAUACGGACAUAAUGACGAAAAUAUCAGCAUUCAAUCUUACCAAAAUGCAAGCCAUGAUGCAAACAAUGACUAGUCUGUGCAAUAUGGUUAUUUUUAAGUGUGCUGAAAAUGCAUAUGGUUCAGCUUGCACUAAGAUGUCAAUCUGUCACCCCUCACCAAAGUCACUACAAGAGUGUAUAUCAAGAUUCACAAAGUACUGGUUUCCAGUAUUUCAAGAGGUUUUGAUGAAACAGUUUAAAAAGUCAGUGGAUGAUUUAUCAGUUUUUUUAGUCAAACAUCCAAGUAUUAGUGAUAAUUCAAGUGAAGUUAAUGAACUUGUAAGGCUUUGUGUUAGAGUUUGUCUAUUUCUGAAAGAUGUGGAAAGUUGCAAGGACUCUGUUGAAAACACAAUUCGUGACUUAAAUACUAUUAAAGAAUCAUAACAUAGGCGUUAUUUGGAUUGUACAUAUAAAUUUAAAUUUUUUCAUAAAUUGUACAUCACACCGCAUAUUCUGAUUGUGUGAUAAAUAAAAUAGUUGUAUUUUUA